UGCAGAACAUACAGGCUCUGGAUGAAUAACCAUGGCAACAGCAGCAGCAGCAGGAGAAGCGGUGAUAUAAACAUUGCAAACCGCGCAUCCCCUCCGCAAACAGCGGUUUGCUCAGUAAAGGCUGGACCCGAACCCUCUGCGGAUUAUCACUGCUAAGGUGAUGAGUGGGAUUAUAUCAUGUCUGAAGUACAGGGAACACUGGAGUUUUCUGUAGAGUUGCACAAGUUUCACAAUGUGGAUCUCUUUCAAAGGGGGUUCUACCAGGUACGAGCAGGGCUGAAGGUCUCACCUCGGGUGCCCCACAGGGUGAUAGCGACAACACAAGACAACACAGGAGAAUGCAGCUUCAGCUCUGCGGGGGUCUACGACGGCACCGUGUUCAGCCGGAUAUUUCAAAUCCUCUACAGAAAUGAGGAGAUUACGGUGAACGACUGUAUGAACUUCAAAGUCCACCUGCUAUUGGAUGGAGAACGGGUGGAGGAAGCCUUGAGUGAAGUGGACUUUCAGUUGAAGCUGGAUCUUCAUUUCACCGACAAUGAGCAACAGCUGGCAGAGAUAGCGACUGUCCCUCUGAUCAGCAGUCGGACCCUCAGCCUCCACUUUCACCCGCGGAGAGGCCUCCACCACCACGUCCCUGUCAUGUUCGACUACUUCCACCUGUCCGUUAUUUCUGUCUCCAUACAUGCUUCACUGGUUGCCUUACAUCAGCCGCUAAUCAGCUUUGCACGUACAGGGAAGGGCUCCUGGCUGGGGAAGGGCUCGCCAGAGAGCCCGAGCGACCCAUCUGCCAUGUCUGUAGAGAACCUUGUGUUCGGAGCUGGCUACUGCAAGCCUGUCAUCUCUGAGGGGAGCUUUUAUGUGCCCAGUGAGAACUGCCUGCAGAGAGCUCAUACGUGGCACCGAAGACUCUGUCGCCUCCUGUUGGUGGCUCACAGGGGCCUGCACACCUACCACUCUGCACUGAUGAAAGAAAUCCCACAGCUCCCGCAAACUCCGCUAGACUCAGAGGUUCUGCCUGUAGAAGAAACUCUAAAUCAGCUCACAAUCGAGUUACAGCUGCAAGAAGGCCAUGAGAGAGUAGCGGAGCAGAUCAGCAGGGACGUGAGCCAGCUCUGCUCCCAGCUGGCUGCUCUGUGGAGCCGCUUCCUGGAGGCCGCUGUGCUCAACCCCCACAUCCUCUCCUAUCUGGCCCAGGAGCAUCACACGCUCAGGGUCAGGAGAUUCUCAGAGGCGUACUUCUUCACUGAACACCCCAAAGAGAUAUCUCUGACGUUUCAAGAGGAACUAAUAAACAGACAUGGCCAGAUAGCAACAGAAGUGCGGAGCUCAGAAUACCUGACCAAGAUGCCUCCUUUACCUGUUGAGUGCCUGGACAUCGAUGGAGACUGGAACAGCCUGCCCAUUAUCUUUGAGGACAGAUAUGUGGAGUCUCCUCAGACAGAGUGGGUAUCACAUGUGCCAACCACAGACGGGCAGACUAACUCAGGUCCCGCCAUCACUCAAGCCAACGGGAUUUUCGAAAGCAAACAGGGAGCCACAUCACCAGCAAUACCCCAGGAUCCCUUGGACAGUGAUGAUUGCAUGGACCUGCCUACGUAUGUGUCACUGAUGGCAGAGCAGAGUAAGACCAGUACCAACAUCAGAAGUACCCAGAACCUCAUUCCUAGCGAGCACAGUGCUGAAGCCUUGCUAACCGAGGCACAACACUUGAAAGAACCGGAGGAAAAGCAAGGCCAGGUUGAGGAGAGCUGUGAUCCAGGCCUGAGGGACACAGUGGAACCUUGUGAUGUGGAUCCGUGUCGAGGGGAAGCAGUCCUAGUUCCUUCGUCAAACCACACUGACUCCAAUAACAGCAUUGAUGAAUCUCCUGCUCAUCAAGGAACAGAAAAUACUGCACCACUUUGCGAUGCCACAAGUGACAACAACGCAAAAGAGAGUGAAAACAACGAAGAAGAGUCUGAUAUUGCCAUGCCAUUAAAUCACUCCAUGGACGAUGAGAGUGAGGAUGUUCCUCUCAUCAGCCUACCCAUUCCCCAUGCGCAUCCAGUUAUACCUCCCUUCCCCGGUGAUCUUAGAAAAGAGAUGAGUCACCGUGGAGGCCUGGUCGGCUCCAAGAUCAUGAAGCGCUCAUCCUCGGUUAUUUCCGACUCAGGUAUUGAGAGCGAGCCGAGCUCCGUGGCCUGGCCCUUGGAGGCAGCACUGCGAGGCCGACCUCCACUAGACUUCUCCAGCGAACGGGAGAUCCCACAGCAAAUAGUGUGUCGCCACCCGGUCCACCGCAGCUCUUUGGAAGGCCUGCAGAUGGAGAGCAAUGGCAGCCUGCCAAGUGGAGGUAUACAGGCAUCACUCACCUCUAUUAGCUCGCUGCCUUACGAGGACGACCAGCAGCAGAGACAGCUAAGCAAACUGACAAAGUCAGUCUCUGCACCGCAGAUAAGCAGCCCUGAAGACACUGAGGAGGACCAUGUCCUGCUUACCCAGGAAAUAGAAACUAAGAGCUUAGUGCAACAUCAGGAUUCAUUAAAGGUCAACUACUCUUCUUUGAACCUGGAUUCUGAGAAAUCUGAAUCAUCUCUAUUAGACCCAAGUUCAAUGACAAAUCUCUGUCAUAUCCUCAAGGAGAAUAUGAGCUCUGACAACUCAGAUCCUCCACAGUACCUGUCAGAGACAUACAGAACCAAGUCAGUGUUAAGUGGUGUUUCUGAAGUGCUACUUUUACAAGAGUCUGUGGAGAGCUCUCAUGUGAAGGAAAACGCUGUUAUUGGCAGCCAGGGGGAGAAUCUGAACCAUCAAACACACAUCAGUGAAGUGAGCGCCUCAGUGGAGGAUGUGCAUCUCGUUGAAACGGAAGCAGUGCCCUGCAGCUGUGGAAACAAACCAUGUGUGCAUAAAAGUGCAGCAGCUCAGGAGAGAAUUAACAACGGAGAAGAGUGCCAAAGUUUCCAUCAGUCCGAACUGCUUAGUGUCCAGAACCAGGAGUGUCUAGAUUCCUCACGAAUACCUCCAGGGCUUCAACACACCAAUGACAUCCCCAGCAGUACCACCACACAGAGGCCGAGUGACCUUACAGGGCUGAUAACCAAUGAUAUUGCAUCACCUGUUGACCUCAAUGAGGAAUCAGCCAGUGAGAAAGCGCCUUUAGACUGCCAGACUAAGCCUGCGAAGAUCCCUAACUCAGGGCUGGCCUUCGUCAAUAAGAAGAUGGUGGAAGUGGUGAACAUGUCAGUGUCCUGUGCCCCGACCUGCCUGCCAUUUUCUUCUGCUCUGAGGGACUCUCCAUCCAUCAGUGGCAUGUCCGCUCGCCAGGCUACCUCACCUAUCACCCAUCAGCCCCUGGGCUCCUUUGGUAUCAUCUCUUCGUCUUCGCUCAAUCCCCUGAACAUGGACGACGAGACCAAUGAACGAAUGCUAAAUUUCUACAAAGCCAAAGAGGAGUUGCUUAAAGAGUUGAGCUUCCAGGCCAGCUUGUACAGCGACCUUCCUCUCCUGGCAUCAGAUCUGCCCUACUUCCCCCCCGAGGAGGAUGAUGAAGAGUUUGAUGACGGCAUACACCUAGUGGUGUGUGUUCACGGGCUUGAUGGAAACAGCGCAGACCUUCGGCUGGUGAAGACUUUUAUUGAGUUAGGACUGCCAGGAUCCAGGCUCGACUUCCUCAUGUCUGAAAGAAACCAGACUGACACGUUUGCAGAUUUUGACACCAUGACGGACAGGUUGCUGGAUGAGAUCAUUCAGCAUAUCCAGCUGUACAAUCUCACCAUAGGCAGGAUAAGCUUCAUCGGCCACUCUCUGGGGAACAUCAUCAUCCGCUCCGUGCUGACGAGGCCUCGCUUCCGCUGCUACUUGCCCAAACUGCACACUUUCCUCUCGCUGUCAGGCCCACACUUGGGAACGCUGUACAACAACAGCACAUUGGUCAGCACAGGUCUGUGGUUAAUGCAGAAGCUGAAGAAAUCAGGAUCCUUGCUGCAGCUUACCUUCAGAGAUCACGUUGAUCCACGGAAAACAUUCCUCUAUCUCCUGAGUCAGAAACCAGGGCUCCAGUUCUUCAAGAAUGUGGUGUUGGUGGCGUCUCCACAGGACCGUUAUGUCCCUUUCCACUCAGCCAGAAUAGAGAUGUGCAAAACUGCUCUUAAAGACAGGACAACAGGUCCUGUGUACACUGAGAUGAUCAACAACCUCCUGCAGCCACUUGUCGAGGCUAAAGAGUGCAGGCUGAUCCGCCAGAAUGUGUUCCAUGCUCUGCCCAACACAGCCAACACCUUGAUUGGCCGCGCUGCGCACAUCGCUGUCUUGGACUCUGAGCUUUUCCUGGAGAAGUUCUUCUUAGUGGCAGGGCUCAACUAUUUCAAGUAAAAGGUGCUAGCAAUGCAUGCUAACAGGACAGAACCUGUUGGUGGCUGAUGGAGCUGAUCUGGAGUAAAAGAUCCUCACCUUCACUUUGUACAGUAUAUUCAAUGUAUAUAAUCCCUUGUAUCCAAGAGGCAAGGCCUGUAUAUCCCAUUUGUUAGGAUUGUUAGAAGCUGUUUUAAAAAGAUCAGUGUAUUGUGACUGUUGAAAAUGCUAACUCAGAAAUCUGGGUUUGAUGUGUAGCCAUGCAAAACAAAACAUCUGACAUCCAUCACAGGAUUGUAGAUGUUUUAUGGCCUUAUUAAUAACCAGAGUCAGCCAGAACACUAACAGAUGCUAAUUGUGGUUGAAAGCAUUUAACUACUUUCCCUUUAGAGAUGGUUUGAAGCUUUCAGUGUGGUUGGUUGAUUGAAUUCUUCUUCAAGGGUUACACCCAUGGUAGUCUUAAACUAUCCUUAGAACUGAGGCAAUAGAUGGGCAGCAUUUAUCCCCUUGACUGUACAUGAAGUAUUUUGUUGUACAAAACAUAUAUGUUCCUUUAUACAGAAAUGAAUAUAUUGUUUAAAAUUAUUUAUUUUUAUCUGCUUAUGUACCUACAGUGUAAGUAGUUUGUCUAAAUGUGACCCUUUGUGUGUUGUUAUCAUUAAAUCUGUCAAGUGGAAGUAUACAAUGGAGGCAGACAUGUGACCCCAUAUAACCAGAAUGAUUCAGUGUAUCCAUUAUCUACUUCUCACACAUUUCCUGCAAUCUAAUUCAUUUACCCUGAUCAGUUAAGUGUAAUGCUUCAGUAUAAGUGGGCAAGAUAGUCAUUUUGAAUUGGUUCUACCUGCUGUGUUAGCCUUCACCUUUUCAUUGAUUGUUUGCACUGAUUAAUUAUGGUUGAUUUAUGAACUUAUGACUCAUGAGUUGAUCAUUUGCCAAGCCCUGCCUUCCUUAGUUACUGUAACUAUGCCGAACUUUCCAGGUCUGCACAGCACAUAAUAGUGGCAAUUAACCAUUCGAAAAAUUAUUCAUUCAUCAGCCAUUUUAUUAGGUAAACCUGUGGGGCUCAAUGCAUUUAGGCAUGUAGUCAUAAGGGCUGUUUCCACUACUGGGCAAUACCCGGAAUGAGGCGGGUUUCACUCUUGGAAAUGCCCCUAAUUUGAAUACGAGCCGUCCGGUGCGGGCUUUUGUCGGGACUUUUUUCACCCCCGUACUGAUUGGAUAGAUCGCUAAGCAGGACAUGACGUAGUACUCAACGGCACAACAACACACACCAUUUGUUAAAGCCAGCGAAGCAGUGUUGCCAAUUUAGCAACUUUGUUGCUAUAAUUAGCAACUUUUCGGCUCUUCUUAACGAGCUGCGGGGGCCGGCGGCUCGAUAAGAGGAGUAAGAACGAGUCGAAGCGGCACAUUCCUCCUGCAGCAGUCUCUCCCAAAUGCAGUCACAGAGCCGGCUAACAGUUAGCUCUGUAGCAGUACAGUGCGUAUGUGCUGCUGCUGCAGGAGGUGUUCACUUAGCGAUCGCUUUUUGUUUACAACAAGCGAUGCCGGUUAAUUCACGUCCACUAUGUUUAUGAUCAGCGAAGAAGCUGUGCAUAAUUACCCAUGCUGCUUUGUUUAUGAUCAGCUGCUGACUUUGUGCACAGUUAGCGAUGGCGGCCACAGUUGCGUUUCCCGUGUUUAAUCCGUCGCAACGAUCGAAAACCAUACGUCACCUCCAGAGUCUCUAAAUCCCUCUGGGGGCCUUUUUGCAGUGGAGACACGCAGAGUGAGCGGACAUUUGAGACGGUGUGGCCUGAGACUUCCCCCUAAACGAAAUACGGCUAUGGUCUGAACCCCUGAAGUUCAAAGCGAGCAUCAGAAUAGGGAAGAAAGGUGAUUUAAGUCUUUUUAAGUCAAGACUUUGAACAUUGAAGCUGCUGAUCUAACAACCACCUCUAGGGUUUACAGUGGCUGGUGAGAAUAGUCCCUGGGACCAUAAGACCUUGGGAACAUAGGUCCUUGGAACUUCUAGCGCUAAGUGGAACUUUUUAUAAUGUAAGCCUCACAUGUUACCUUUAAGCUAAUGUUACAUUAUAAGUUGAUAUGAUAUUCAUGGCACUGGAACUUAAGCUCGGUUACUGUUGUAGGUCACGAUAAGCUCUUGCUGUUGGGUUUUUGGUUUUGGAAAGGCUGAAUAAAGUAAAACUCAAAACUAUUCAAAUGUUGAGCAUAUCUCUUACUACUGUCCCGUAUAAACCUCUUAAACGUGCUUGUAUCCAAAGCUUGACAGUCCUAUUGUGCAUAUUUACGGUUGCUAAGUUAUGAUUCAAUGAUAACUGUUCAGCGACAGGGUUUAGCAAAUGGUCAGUAAACUGGUAGGCAAAUCUACAGCAUUGUAACUACCACUAAACACAAUUGAAAUACAUGACCAGUUUCCAUUUCCCCCCCUAAAUCAUGCAACAUGGAAGCAGAUAACAGGCUUACUGAUAUAAUUAACAGUUCAUAUAAUGUGAAAAAAACUCAUUAUCCAUGACUACACAGUACAAUCUUAUGGUCUAAUGACCAUCACGUUCUUAAUGAGCCAUUUUAAAUUGUAGAUUAAAACUGUCUACACGAGGAUAGAUUUCAUAAGGUACUCAUUAUUUUUUAAAUGGUUUAAAUCAGGGUGUCAUUGCAUUUGUUUUUGGAAAAACUGGAUGAUUUUGCAUAAUAUGGACCCACUGCCAAGAUUCUCCCUCACGCACUGUCAUUUUCUAUAAACCAAGGUUGGAUGCAUGAUGACAGCAGGGAAGCACUGUUCGUAGCAGACAUUGUCUCAUGCUCUUGAACAUAUACCGUAUUCUGAUCAUCUCAUCAGCUACAUCAAACAAAUGCUGAAUGAUUUUUUUUCCCCUACACAACCUUUGCUGUCACAUUCAAGCGUGACGCGAGAGAUGUCGUUUUCCAGCAUAUUGGUGAGGACUGUUCCCUCAUCACUGAGCUGUCCAUCAAAUGAUGUUUACAUUUUGACAUUAGAGAACUGUUAUCAUAGCGUUGCCACAGACGUCUCAUAUCCAGCGAUGGUUAUGCAUCUGCUGUAUAUGUAGUUAUGUACAUAGAGAGCUAUAUUUAACCUUUGCACUCAUUUGAUGGCAAGUGCACUUUAUUGACAACCUUGAAUCAACCUCCACUAGCUUUACAAAAUCCAAACAGCAUUUAUUCUGUUUGUUUUCUUCAGUUUACAUGCACUGCUUGUUUCCAUCUGAAGGUUGCAUCUUGCAAUUGUUGUACAAACUGACCACGGCUGUCCAUUCAGGCAUUGUACCGCCUUCAAAGAGUACAAAACAUGACAUCGCAAAGUGCUCUUUAUUGUUCCGGAGCUAUUGCUGCGGCGCUGCACAGUAAGCAGCGUGUCACCGUGAUUGACUCUAAUCAAAUGGGCUCCUUCAGGACGCAGAGAUCGCUUUCAGAAAGCCACUAAGCAAAGCUGCGUAAGCGAUUUGUGGGAGCUGCCAUGCAUCAUGCAUCAUUUCUCAAUAUCCCAACCCCACCCCCACCCCCCACUACAAACACAUUCUGUAUAUGGAUGAGGCUUUAGCUUGUUUGCGUUUAGGGCCGUGCGUGUUUACCCAAAGGGGUCAGCAGAAUCGAUGGAGGGAAAAAGUGUGAUUGAGAUUGGCCCCUCCAAGGACAAAUACAGGAUUUAAAUUGUUUCAAGAGCUGGAUAGCUGCGUGUAAAGGCAGUAUUAGAUCAGAAAGAACUGUAUUCACAAUUUCCUUGACACCAAUCUGUAGACAGAUUUUUUGUUUUUUGUUUUGUAUGUGUCUCUGAGAGUGUUAACUGUACAUUUAUGCUGCUGUCAUGACUGAAAGUGAAUCCAGAGGUGAUGCAUAAAUCCAAUAGAUCCUUGCAAGUGCUGUCAACCUUCAAAACUAGCUGACUUGAACCUUUUUGUAUUUGAUUGCCCUUUACUGAGACUCCUGUCUAUGUGUAGUGUGUGUGUGUGUGUGUGUGUGUGUGUGCGUGUGGAAGAGAGUGUGUGAUGUGUGUGUGAAAGAAGAAGACGUGUUAUCAUUGUCUGUUGUUGCUGGAACAUCCUUCAUGUGUUUGAACUGAAUGUAAAAAUGUUUGACUUCACUGUGAGGAACAUGUAUUUAUUUCAUUCUGCACUUCUUUUGCUGAAUGUAUAACAUGUAAAGAACAGUAAAUACUACUUCAUCCGUGCCAAUACUACUCUAAUAUUUUUCUAUGUUGCUGACUGUACUGUAUGUAUUCCUUAGUAGCUUGUGUUCUAUGUAAAAAUAUAAAUACAAAUAUAUAUAUAGCAUAGUAUUAUUAUAAACAGAUAUGAUGUUACAAUAAAAAUGUUCCUUUUGUAUAAGUA